AUGUCGUUGCCGUCGUCGUCGUCGUCGUCGUCGUCGCUCAGCGAGGCGACAUGCGACGCGCUAACUCAUCAUCUCGUCGCGAUUCUCAUGUCGAUGUCUGAAUUGUGCGCGAGACUCGCGCGAUUCAUCGCCGGCGACACGCGACGAUGCGAGCGGCUCGCCGCCAACGCGGGAACCCUAAUGUCUUCUGUUGGCUCCAAGCAGGCUCUUUUGAUAGCUCUUGGCGGAAUUUCGAUUGCCGCGCUUUUUGUUUGGUAUUAUAAAGCGAAACGCGAGAAAGACAAAAGGAGGAAUCAUUUGUUCAAAGCGUUGAAUGGAAACGCUGCAAAUCAUCAGACGUACGAGCCGAAUGAGAUACGUGCUCAAGCUGGAGUCGGCGAGCCGGAAAUUUGCGACGGUGAGACUUCUGAAGUCGUUGACGUCGAAAUGGAGCCAUUGAUUGAGGAAAAAGAAGAUGAUAAUGCUGAAGUGGAUGAUAAUGCUGAAGUGGAAGAAGAGGUUGUGGUCGUCGAAAUUGAGGCAAAAGCGGACGAGCCGGAGCAGCCGGUUGUGGAGCACGAGAGCUCGAAUCAGCAGCAAAACGAGACGGCUGCUGAAGAGGAGCCUGUGAAGAAGGUGAAGAUCGAGCCGAUUCAGACGAGUGCCCCACCACAGCAGAAUAGCAAAAUGCCAAAGAAAAAGUCGUUUGAGAAUGAGCAGAUUCCGGAGGAGCCGACGCCCACGAAAAUCAUCAGCGAGCCGCUCACAUUGGACAUUUUUGCGCACAUGUCGCCGGCGUCGUUCUCGUGGAGCGAGGAAAUGGAAAAAUGCAGCGAAGAGGAGUUUCAGCGAUUCGAUUCGAGCGACAUGGAACCGUCGCCAGCUUCUCCAUCGCAUCAGCAUCAGCAUCAGCCGAAUAAUAAUCAGCAGCAGCAGCAUCAACAGCAAUCGCAGAAUAGACGAAAGAAUGAAAAGAGUCGAAAGCAACGUGGAUCGACAUUAAAUCAGACGAAGAAGUCGCAGAGGCGACUCAAUCGAAAUGACGAUUCGGAUUCGAAGAGAUCAAAUGGAUUCGUCAUUGAGGAGCCAAAAUUGGAGGAGCCGGCUCCACCAGCGCGCGAACAACAACAGCAACAGGAGUCGGAGAUUCGCGAAGACGUCGAACAGUAUGAGAAGAGCGACUCGCCGGGAGUUGAGAGUCAGAAUAGCGAGGUUUGA